GAGUGGACUAGAUCUAUCAUUCCUCGACAGUGGUCUGUUUAUAAACAUGGAGCUUCCUCUAGACUUGAGCGUCAGAAAAAGUUCCGUGGGCGAUGAUGUCACUUCCGGCGACGACAAUGACGUGGUGACCAGCGAUUCUCCGCCUCCUUUUAAUGACGCCUCUGGCCUGAUAGCGGACACCGCCGUCAGUCCUUGUGUCACCCGGCAUGAGGGGGAAGUAGGCGUGUCUCUCCUAGAUGCCCAUAUAUGGGAGGCAUUCAGCCUCAAUGGUACAGAAAUGAUCAUCAAUAGGAAUGGAAGACGAAUGUUCCCGCACGUGACAGUGUCUACUUCCGGUUUAACCCCAUCCGGGCUCUACAACGUCUGGCUUGAAAUCCUGCCUGCAGACGGAAGAAGGUUUAAGUACAUUCAGGGUGAGUGGCUUCCCGUCAGCCCUGCCGACCCAAGUUCUGGAUACCCGCCCUACCUCCAUCUGGACUCGCCAAACACAGGAGCGUUCUGGAUGCAGAAGAAAAUUUCCUUUGCACGCCUCAAACUCACGAACAAUCGAGAUUCUGCGGAGGGAAACGUUAUGCUGCGGUCAAUGCACAAAUACAUGGUCCGGAUUCUUAUCAGCGAGACGGGGAAGGACGUCAACGCCACAGUGCCUAAGACGUUCACGUUCCCGGAGACAACGUUUAUGGCCGUCACGGCAUACCAGAACAACCACAUCACCAAGCUGAAGAUCCACAACAAUCCUUUCGCGAAAGCCUUCAGGGACAAGCAUAUUGGGAGAAACUACCAGAAACGAUCUAGGAGCGCUGCGUGGUCUCUUCCUGACGGGUACCAGGACACGUCCCAGCGGAACAGGAAGCGCAAACGUGAUUCAAAGGAGGAUGCGGCUGCUCUCAUUAAGGACCACACAGGUCUAACAGGCGGGUUCAACAGUGUGGGCCAAGCAAUGUCAGGGACGAAUCCGCUGGUGAUGGAUCGAGUAACUCCCUAUGGGUGUGAUAUGUUCCCGUCUGCACGGGGAACUGGUUUCAUGUGUAAUGUCGUCCAGAAUGCCGGGUUAUCUCCCCUGUAUCGACCCUUUCACCACCAAACCACUCCGGCGGUCGGCGGACUCUGUCCCCUGCCCCCCUUCAUGUACCCCGCCCGUUACUUCCUCAGCCCAGAGGUAUCUCUCACGCAUCCCCACCCAAGCAACUACCCACUACCCAUCCCCGCCAACUCGAGUCACGCGCCAUGCUACAGCCUCCCAAACUAUCAUGGGGACUUGUCCUAGGAUGGAGGAUGGAGGAUUACGUCACAGGCGGCACGUAGGAGGAAUGAACAUCUCUGGGAAGAAGAUGUGUUGAGCGAUUUUUCUUGGUGUGGCGUCAAGCGGAAUUGCGUGGAGCGGCGUGGGGUGUGUUUUGAAGACAUUGUCUGAUUCAUCAGUUGGGGAAAAACCGUGACAGAUUCUAACGGAAGACGACGACACAAACAACUAAACAGUCACCUCGUCCAUACGAUGGGCGUGAGAAACAAGCGUGUCUAACUAUUAUAGGCAGUGUUUGUGACAGAUCCCUACUAUUAACGUUAUCAGGCGGAGGUGAGAAGAGAGACGCGAUGGCAGCAUUGUGAGCGCCACGAUGUAAACUACUGUCUUAGUGCUAACAAAAUCGUCGUUAUAUGUUUCGUGUUAAAAUAUUUUACUAUUGUAUA